UCCGCUACUAGCUUGGAGUUUUCUACGUGAGCGGGCCAUGGGCUCGCUCCGCCCGUGGAACCUCUUUGGCAAGACCGCCUACAAGGUCUCGACCAAUGCCGCCGCAUCUGGCGUGGGCCCUGCCAGCAGCAACCUGGCGCUGCAGCUGAGCCAAGCCCGGGCGCGGCGCCAGGCGCAAGAGGCGGGGUCUUCGAUGCCACCCUUCCAGCGGAAUAUGACCUACCUCGCCGGCCCGUUCUCCAUGUUGUGGGCGCUGCUGCUGGCAGCCAGGUGGAGAUACAGCGACGAGGACCGUCUUCGUGAGCUCGAAAAGCAGCCGGGAGGUGCCAUUCUUCUGGACGUCUUGGCGUGGCGGGUGGCAGCUCACUUGGGCCCCUACCAGAUUCCCAACCUGUGCCGCGCGAAGAUGCAUGAAGAGCCCUUGAGGAUGCUGCAGGAGCCCGUUCUGCUGGACUCCGAGCGCAUGCAGGCGCUCCGGAGGCUUGGCCAGCUCUCCCAGCGCCGGCUGGCGGCCCUGAGCCUGGCGCCGCCCAAGGCCGAGCCAGGCCCAGGCCAGCCUUUGCGCGCAAUCGAGCCGCUGCUCCUUGACGCCUUCUUCCAGGACUCCGCGAGCGCGACGCGCUCCCCGGGGACCAGCGCGGACUCCCACAAGGAGUCGGCGGCAAAGAUCAUUCUGGACGUGGUUUCCGCAUGCGGGCCGGAGGACCGGCAAGUGCCUUCCUGGACGCUGAGUGGUCUGGUGAAGGCACGGGGCAUCCCCUGGCAGGUGGGCCCUCAAGGAGAGGAGCUGCGAGCAACGCUUUUGCUGCAACUGCUACGCACUCCCGCCAAUGCUGCGGCGGCUGCUGGGCAAGCAGAGGUUUGCCAAUACUUGGCUGGCCCAGGCUUCAAAAAGAAGGAGGAUACGUCUUUGCCCCUGAAGGCGUACCUGCUCAGCGGUGAGACCCACGACUUGCUGCGGAGAGGCGCCAAGAUGGUGGUCAAGCAGCGUCCUGGUGCUGUGGAAGCUCAAGAGAGGAGGGAAAGAGACACGCCGAGCCUGCAGAUCAAGCGGGACCUGCGAAACAUUUGGACCACCAUCCAGUUGUCUGCAGGUUGGGCGUCCUUCUGGUACUGGCAGGGGGCCUUCACGCUGGGGGCAGCUCUCCAGCUGGUGGCGGGGAUCGGAGGGGCCCUAGCAGGCACCGCCGUGCUGGAAGUGCUUUGGCGCAUCGAAGAGCAGGUCAUCGAGUCGGAGUGGUACUGGGAGGGCCCGUACAGCGUCCCGGCCUCGGGCGCGAUGGCCGUGGCCAACUGCUGCGCCCUUGCCUGGGCCGUUCGAUUCGCCUGCAUCGCGCCGUUUCUGAUUUGUAGGCUUCUCAAGGAUGAUUCCAUGGAUGCACAUCGAACUUUCGAAGCUGCGUAGCCGAAAAGAGUGCAAGA